AUGGCACACCGACGGAAUCCAGCCUGGCGGAGGAGGGCCGUUUGCGCGGCGGUCGCCCUCGCGGGAUCGGCUCUGCUGUGGCAUCCGGUGGAAAGCGAGGCGCACAUCUACUCGGAGGGCGUGGAACUGCAUCGCCCAGAUAUGGACAUGACUCCAUAUGUUGGAAAUAACGCCGAGCAACAGAUUUGCUAUGAGCCCGACGUGGAAUACGUAGACCACACAGUUCUGGCGAUCGAAGGCGGGCAUGUUCCCACGCCAGCACAGUGCCAAAACCUUUGCGUGCGCUACAAUGAGUGCUUUCACUGGACUUGGGAGUCCGCUACCCGGAACUGCUACCUGAAGGACGCGACGGCCCUCUUCAGCAGGCAGAAAAACUACGACACGCGGAACAAAAUCAGCGGACCCAAAUGGUGUAUGAUGCCAUUCCCGCCGAGGUGCUACGAAGUUGACGUCGCCUACGAGGGACACGAAGUCACCAAAAAUCCGCUUCCGAAUGUCGUGAGCGCUCUCGACUGCCACCGCCUUUGCAUCGAGGUGGAAGGCUGCCGCUACUGGACGUGGACUGCGGAUGCGCGGACGUGUGAAGUGAAGAGUGUCAAUGCGCUUCAAGGCUGGCGCCGGUCGUUCGAAACCAUCGGAAAAAUCUCGGGGAUGAAGAGCUGCGGCUUGUGCACGGAAAUCGGGACGGACUACUACGGGCAUGAUAUUCGCCGCGUGGAGACGAAGAACAUUGUCAGCUCCGAGCACUGCCGCGACUUGUGUAUCAAGGACAAAAACUGCUUCUUCUGGACGUGGGUAUCCAACUGGAACAACUGCUACCUGAAAGGGCCGACAGCGCUGGAGGCGUGGCGCCGCGACGACGAAACAACGCAGUCGCUUGUUUCGGGUUCCAAGUUCUGCCCUAUGGACCGAGACUUGCGACUUGCUUCUCUGUCUCGCAGUCCGUUCAUGUACCCCGCGUUCUACCUACACAACCCUCCCCCCUGCUACGAGAUCGGCGUGGACUACGCUGGUCACGACUUGGAAGCCGUUGAUGCCGACGAUUUGCUCUACGUUCAAGACUGCCAGCACCGGUGCAAGACGCGAGACGGCUGCGUCUACUUCACCUUCGAUACCGAAAGCAAAGUUUGCUACUUAAAGGGUGGCGGCGCACUUCACAACUGGACCAAGGACCAUACCACAAGCCACCUGAUCUCUGGGCCGCAGGAGUGCCCCUGCCCCGGAGUGUAG